AUGGUAUACGAUCCCAUCCGGGACAUAGACGUCCCGUCUCCUGCGGCAUCUACCCAAUCGGACCAGCCCUGGCGCCAGAACAUCACGCCGGGAUCGGGUGCGUACUUUGACCCUGCCCGACAGGUGGAUUACGGGAACUCCCCGAACGGCCAUGAAGCAGUCUAUGAUGGUCGUCCUCCGGCUUUCCACGGUGCUGGGAGCUCGCCAUCAUCGACGAUGGGGAUGCGGCGUUCGGUGUCGGGUGGUCUGCGGGGAUUGCUGAACGAUGAAGAGGAGGAUACAUCUCGACGGAGCAGCGCGCAGAGCGGGUUUGAUGGAAACGGAUCGAUGGAGGAUGAUCAUCGGCCUUCCAUCUCGCGCAUCCUCAACAGCGGACCGGGGGAUGGAGGUGCCAUGGUCAAGUCUACGUCUUACUCGUCUCGCGUAUCCAGCUCGCCAGCGAACGCAUCACCGGUCAUCUCGGGCCGGCCUCUCGACAACUCGGGGUUCCUCACUCCUGCCUCGACGUCAAGGCGAGCGAGCCGGUCUCCCUACCCCGUCAACAGCUCGGUCUCACCGGCUCAGCAGCAUACUAUGCUGCCGCAUGACGGUCACGCGCUAGAGUAUGAGGCUCAGCUUCAUCCCCAGGCCGGACCAAGCAGGCGCCGGGUCAGCGGCGGACAGAGCAACCCUCGACCCAUGCUCCCGCCUGACACUAUCCCUCGGCAGGAGUACUAUGAUCCCUCUCGUAUCACUCCUGGCGCUCAGUCGUACGCCCUCCCUAUGCGCUCCCCGUCCAUCUCGGUCUCUCCCCGCUCUCACCAUCAGGCGCUGGGCGGACAGCUCUCCCGGCCCACCUCGUCAUCCUCUAUGGGCCAGCCGUUCUCAUUUCAGCCACCCCCUCUCCCCGCCGAGUCCCCCUCCUACGUCACACGGCAGCUUUCUGAAGCUCCAUCCCGCCCGUCUUCCGGCUCGCAGCCCCCUCGGCAGUCAUCGCUCGUCCCACGCGACUCGGGCAGAUCGAGCGUCGCCUCUCGUACACCACUCCGAUCCCCUACACCCCUCCGCGUACCCUACCAGCCAAAUCGCACGACACAGCCGACUUCGGUCCUCCGUCCCAUACUACCGGACGAGGUGGCCAGGAUGCGGUCCGCUGCGAUAGUGAACAACCCUCUCCGUCGGCGGCCACGCAAAGCUGCACCAUCCUGGUCCGGACCCUCGCCUGGUGCGCGGGCGGAUCGGUCGAGUCUGCCAACCGAGUCCGACUCGUCCUACUUCCCAGCCACACAUCAGACGCCCGAACCUGGACCAAGCCGCAAAGCAUCACAAAUCUCACGGCGGGAUGGCUCGGUCUCGGCGGGCCUGACGAGCCUCACUUCUGGUGGGACGGCAGUGACACCCACGGAGACGAAUGGGAAGGCGCCGAAAGGGUCAGGGAAGCGGAAACAGAGCUCGCAGGAUGCAGGGAACGAUGAGCAGAGGCGAAAGGGGAAUGAUGGGCACUACGUGGGCAAUAGCGCGGUGGCGAGUCAUUAUAACGCUCGGCCGGAAGUAGGGAUAGAACACCGCGAGUUCUCGCCCAUUAUCGGUCUCAAGAAGUUCAACAACUGGAUCAAAUCCGUCCUGAUCGGCAAGUUCACGCAUAGAGGUACAGGCGGGAAAGGUGCCAACGUCCUGGAUAUCGGGUGUGGGAAGGGCGGUGAUUUGAACAAGUGGAGGCAGGCCAAGAUCAAGCUCUACGUUGCUCUGGAUAUCGCCGACAUGUCGAUCGCACAAGCGAAGGAGCGGUAUGCGACCAUGCGGAAUCCGUCAUUUGAUGCCCACUUCUAUGCUCAUGACUGUUAUGCUCAACCCAUAUCAGAGGUCCUUCCCGACCAGCUGAAGGUGCGCGACCUGUACGACAACGUCACCAUGCAGUUCUGCAUGCACUACGCGUUCGAGUCGCCCAACAAGGCGAGGAUGAUGAUGGAGAAUGUUUCGAGGUAUCUUCGGCCUGGAGGAGUGUAUAUCGGGACGAUCCCAGAUGCUCAGAUGCUACUCGAUAAAUUGGAGGAAGUACCCGAGGAUGCCCCAGAACUUCGCUUCGGCAACUCGUGCUACUUUAUCGAAUUCACCGAACGGCAUCACAAGGGCAUGUACGGGCACGCCUAUCGCUUCUACCUCCAAGACGCCGUCGACGAUGUCCCCGAGUACAUUGUCCACUGGGAUAAUUUUGUCAACCUCGCCAACGAAUAUCGUCUUCGCCUGGUUUACAAGAAACCUUUCCACGAGGUGCUGGCGGAAGAGCAGGAUAGUCGGGACUUUGGGGGUCUGCUGCGGAAGAUGGGGGUGAUCAACGAAGCUGGCGAGAGCGCUAUGGAUGGCGAUCAGUGGGAGGCGGCCAAUCUGUACAUGGCAUUUGCCUUCGAGAAGUAUUGA